AUGAAGCUGUUCGCUGUGCUACUAUUAGCUACCGUCGUGCUGGGAGCCGCCUACUCCGUACCGGUUGAUCCACAGACGGUCGAUUGGUCCACGGUGAGGACGCUGGAUCAAACCGAUGCGAUUCGGGUACAAUAUGGCCUGAAACCGCUGACGGAUGAUGAGGUACGCUCUUCCCGGAUUUCCGAUGGUCAGAUAGCUUCGGCGACUCAGUUUCCGUGGGCAGUCGGUGUGCUGAUUUCGGGCACUUCGUCGCACAGCUUCUGCAGUGGUGUUUUGAUCUCGCGUCGUCAUGUCCUUACGGCCGCUGUGUGCAUCUCCGGAUCCAACACCUUGACGGUUCUACUGGGAGCCUCGGAUAUGACGCGUGUCGAGGAGUUCAUGGGAGUGUCCAACAUUCUGUCCCAUCCGAACUACAGUUCGUUCUUUAAUCGGGACGAUAUCGCGAUCCUUACGCUGUCUGGCGAGGCUCCGGUCCGGGAUACGAUUCGUCCAGUGGAUCUGCCACGCCGCAGUGACGUUGGUAAUAGCUUUAACAACUGGGCUGCCUCGACCGCUGGUUGGGGUAACACUGGACGCCGUGAGAACGAGCCAAUUCCUAUCCAAAACCUACACUUCACUGUCGACUCCGUCAACUCUAACUUCGUGUGCGGAUUGUCGCACACCUUCAUCCGGGAUACUCAUGUUUGCACCUCGACUGACAAUGGAGGACCUUGCAAUGGUGAUGAAGGUGGCCCAGUGACGGUGAGUGAGGGUGGCCGUACCUUCCUUAUCGGUAUUCACUCGUUCCACUUCUCUGGACUGUUUGGAUGUGAUCGUGGCCGAUCGGCCGUUCACACGCGCAUUACUGAGUACCUGGACUGGAUUCAACAAAACUCCGAUGUAAACAUCCAGUAA